AUGGAUAACGAUAGCAAUGAUUUUACGUUGCCACCGGCCCCCGGGGGCUUAUGCUUUGACCGUAAUGACUUCGUCAAGUCAAGUUUUUCGGUGGACGAUUUCCUUUCAAAUCAUCAAGACGUUGUGUCUCUGGAGACAAUGCGCGAUGACCUAGGUGUCUAUUUAAAAGUCCUUCGGCUGGCAAUGAUUGAGCUCAUCAACAAGGACUACGCUAAUUUCGUUAACUUGUGUGCUACUUUAAUUGGUUUUGAUAAGGCCAUUGUCAAAAUUCAAGUGCCAUUACGCCAAUUAAAUGAAGAAGUUUUAAGUGUAAAGCAAUGCCUGGAAGAUGCUAUGAAAGAAUUGUCAUUGUGGCUCAACCAAAGACAUGUUCUGAUUAAGAAGAAACAGCUUCUUAAAUAUUACAGUCAGACUACAAACUGUCUUGCAACAUUAGAGAGCAUUUUAAAUGAUAUUUCUGACAAACAAAAGCAUGAGCAAAUUAUUCUUGCAGAUAGAGCUGCAAUGCAAUAUAAUCAACUUAAGUUUUCAGUUUCUAAAUGUGACAAUCUUGUUACACCAGAACAGAAAAAACAAUACAAUGAAGUAGGACGACAACUAAUUCAAACUCUUCAUGAGUUAAUAUUUAACUUUUGGAAUGAAAAUCAUGAAGAGUAUUUAAUGAAAACAUUAUUAACUUUAACAACAUUAGAUCGAGUCACUGAAACAGAGAUGUUAAUCAGAAAACAAGCAGUGGCCCCUUUGUUGCAGGACAUAAUAAAUGAGCCAGCUUUACAAAGAAGCAAGGAUGGCCUUCAAGGAGUCUAUAAAAGCAUAUUAUCUUUAUUAGAUAAUAAAUUAAAUUUAUUUAUUGCUGUCACUCAACAUUCCAAGUUAAGCUUUCUUACUAGAAGAUAUAACUUUUUAGUUAAUUGUUUUUGGUGUGAAGUUGAAAAUCGGUUAGAAGUUAAUUUAGCUUCAAUCUUUGCACCUGGUAAUCCUCAGCUGUUUUAUAGACGGUACAGUGAAAGUAUGCAGUUUAUCACAAAAUUAGAGGACUAUUGUUCUAACAAACAAACAAUUCGAGCGUUGCAUGAAACACCAGAGUUUAAGAGUUUUCUUAGAAGGUGGAACUUACCAGUCUACUUCCAGAUAAGAUUUCAGGAAAUAGCAGGUGGAUUUGAAGCAUCUCUUACAUCAAUGCCAACUUUACGAAGCAAUGAUGACUUCAUUCUACUUGAAACUUACAAAUGCUGGAAAGCGCUGCAGGACUGUUGGUCUGAUGGUAUUUACAUUGAGGCUUUGGCCCAUAAGUUUUGGAAGCUGUCACUUCAGUUGAUUUGCAGAUAUGCUACAUGGAUCACAAGCAUUUGUGCUCAACAUAAAGUUCCGUCUAGGCAAGAGCCAACUGGUAUUAAUAAGAAUUUAAUAGACAACAGUAUUUCCCUGUAUGUUGAUAGUUCAACAUUGGUACAAAAAUUACCAAAAUUCUUGGAGAUGGUCGAAAGUAAAAUACCUAGUAGAUGUAUAGACUUAGUAAGAGGAAGCUUGAAACCCACAGAAGAGUUGUUACGAGGAACAAAAGAUAAAAUAAGUGAUUGUAUUGUUAAUGAAUUAUUUGAGUAUUUCAAUAUACAAUUAAAACAAGUGAGUGAUAUACCAAGAUUAUAUAGAAAGACGAAUCGUAGCAUACCAACGAAACCUUGCAAUUACAUAGAUGUUAUAGCAAAAACUAUGAAAGAGUUCAGUGAAGAUGCUUCUAAGACAUUGGAUAACUUAUAUUUAAUUCAAUUAUAUAACAUGUUAUUCAAUAUUAUGACCGUUUCCUAUUAUAAGUAUGUUGAAGAUGUGUUAGUGUCUGUACAGAAAACUGAAGAAUCGUUACGAAGGCUAAAGCAAAUUCGUGACAUGGCAUCUCCUCAGAACAAUGACAGCUCAGGCAUCACUGAUGGAGACAAAAUUCGAUUACAACUAAAUGUGGAUGUUGUUUCAUAUACCAAGUUGGCUGAAUCCCUACUAGUGGAUGUAAAUAGUGUGCACAAAUUAACAGAUUUAUCUUCUAUGGUUACAGAUGCUGUAAAAAAUAUAAACAUUAAAUGAUAUGUCCAGUUGUAUA